CCUCCCACUGCGGCAGACAACGAGAGCACCCUGACUUCCAUUCUUUCCCUCUUCUUGGGACAAGUCAUCCCAGAAUUCCCAACUUCUCCAUCCUCCCCUUCAGUCAGUCCUCGGGAACACGGAGAGGGUGCAUGGGAGGAGCCUCCAGGUCGGGCUGGUGGGGGUGACGUCAGACAGGAAGAAUGGUGAAGUGACCAGAGCAGGGCAUGCUGUGUGCAGAAACUGUGAACGCUGAAGUGGGCAUGGAGGUGGCUGUCGACCAGGAGUUCUCCCCGGAUCUCCAUGACAACACUUCCAAGGCCUACAAGGAUUUCAGCAACACUUUCCGCAGUCAGAUGCAGAAGAUUUACCAAAAGGUGCAGGGGUUCAAGGACGUGGGGAUCCUGUCUCUGAGGAAUGGCAGCAUCGUGGUGGACUAUGUGGUCCUGCUGGAGUUGCCCUUCAGCUCCCAGCUGGAGACAAACUAUGAGACGUUGAAGAUGGCCCUGAAAGGCGAGCUUCAGAAUGUCAGCCAGGAUGUGGACAGCUGCCAGAAAAACCAGACCUUGUGUUUUAAGCCUGACUCCAUCACAGUGAACAACGACACCAGGACGGAGAUGACCCCACAAGCCAUCUGCCGUCGGGCCGCUCCCGAGGGCUAUGAGGAUUACUACUUCCCCUUGGAGGAGGAGAAUCGGCUCCGCUGUGUCACCAACUGCACGUCAGACGUGGAAGGCGCCAUAGACUGUAACCAGGGCCAGUGCUUUGUGCAGAAGACUGGUCCUGAGUGCCGCUGCUUCUCCACGGACACGCACUGGUUCUUGGGCCCACGCUGCGAGGUGGCCGUCCAGUGGAGGGCGCUGGUCGGGGGCCUGGCCGGGGCCGGAGCGCUGCUGCUGGUGCUGCUGCUGCUGGCGCUGAGCCUUUUCUGCAGGCGCUGGAGGAGGAGGGGCGGCCGAGGAGGAGCCCGGUCCUGGGACGAUGACAAGAAAUGCUUCGAGAUGUGGGAUGAGGACACCGCAGGGACUUUUUCCAACUUGGGCUUCCAGGAUGACCGACAUUUCAAGGAUGAAAACUUCCAGGUGGCCUUGGAGAAGGUGGACACCAAUGUGAGGGUGCACACCCAGACACCUGAGAUGGACUUGUCCUCGAUGUGAACCCUGCCCUACCCUAUCCACCUGCCCUGGACAGCGGGAAGGAAGCAUCUGCUCUGCAUCCAUUUCAAGAGAUGGCCAAGGACGCGUGCAGCUCAGCCUCCUGGAAUCCUGGGCAAAAUUAGACCAUCCCCAGACCGGCACCCUCUCAACUUGGAUGAAACCCACCUGCAGACCCAGGUCAAAUCCAGGAUCUUCCACUGUGGGACCUUGGGCAACUCAGUAGCUUUUCUGAACUUGUAAAAUGUGUAUAGCAUACUUGUCCUGAUACCUUGAACAGUCAUUGUGCAAACCAGAUGUGGUCGCUCAGAUCUCUGUCCCAAUGCACCUUCCUGUGUCAGCCCUCAUCUAUGUGGCCUCUCUCAGAUUCCCAGUCCCCACAUCCUUUGCCCAUCUCAGGCCUCAGUCUCUUGUUCCCUGUGCGCAUCCCUACCACCUGCCCCCCAACACCUGUCACCAGCCAUCAGCCCAUCCCUGCCUCCUACCCUCUGCUAAGGUAACUCCCUGGGGGACCCUUCCCGCAUUCCUUAUAUCUUCUCCCCCUCUAAACCCACUUCUUAAUCACGCCUCUCCCCUAUCCAGCUCCCAGCCCUACAUCUCUCCCCAUUUAUGUUUUCUCCCCUUACCCAUCCUUGUUCCUUCCACCCUAAAUCCUUAACCCCCAUCCCAGCAUCCCAGUCCUAAGUCCUUCCCUGCCCCACCCCUGUCCCUAUGCCCACUGCCACUUAGGACCCCUAGCUGGCACUCCCCAGGCCCUAGUUCCCCCUUCUCAGUCUCCAUCCCUUCCUCUCCCACAAGGGCCCUGGAUGCCCGUGGGUGGGGGUGGGAGAUGUGGGUUUCUCCAGGUCCUCCAGGUUGAGGGGAAGUGGGACCCUGAGGUGAGGAAACUGCCUCAGCCCCAUCCUCCUCCUUUCCUAACUCCCUCUCCUCCCUUACUGCCUAACCCCCCCCCCCUUCCCACCUCCUUCCGCGCUCCUCCUCUCCCUUCCUGUCCCAGGUCUCACCCCAUCCCUGCAGUAACCUCUCAGCCCAGAAGCCCUCAGCCUCCUUCACAGGAACGUCUCAUUUGGGGACAGGAAGUCUGCGAGUCUCCAAUUCUCCCAUGUGAACACAA